CGCCGGGUCCGGUCGCCAGUCGGGGCAGGGAGGGUGUGCAGCCAGGCCGGGGCGCGGCCUCGCGCGGUCCCGGUCCGGCUCGGGGCCGGUGGGCCUGAGGUGGCGGCGCCGAGGAUGAGCGUCAGCCAGACGCCGCUGCCGCCGGUGAGGGCCGCCGGGCUCUCCUCGUGCUUUUUGUGGUUUUCCUCGGUCUGUACACAGCCCCAUUGGAAGAUAGCAUCCAGGUCUGCUGUUGCUCCUAGCUGUGAGCUGGCUGGCAUGGUGCCCCGGGAAGCCCCCGAGUAUGCGCAGUAUCCAUCCCUCACCAGCCUGAAUACCAUGGAUGUGGUUCGGAGAAGACACAAAAGAAGAAGCCGGCAACACCAGCGGUUCCUAGCCCGCAAGGCCUUGCUGCAGGAGCAGGAGCUGUUGAGCAUGGUCCCAGUAUCCUGCCCUCUGGCCCCUUCAUCACAAACAACAGUAGGCACAGAGGUGUCAGGCAGCAAGAGACAUCGUCCCAAGGCCAGGUCUGGCAGUGGUGACCCAUGCAGCAAAAGGCCUGCUCCCAGAGAAGGCCCAGGGCCUGGGCCCAGCAAGUGUGUGGCCAUUGACUGUGAGAUGGUGGGUACAGGGCCCCUAGGGCGGGUGAGUGAGCUGGCCCGAUGCUCCGUGGUGAGUUACAGCGGUGACGUUCUCUAUGACAAGUACAUCCGGCCUGAAAUGCCCAUUGUGGACUACCGCACCCGCUGGAGUGGCAUUACCCGCCAGCACCUGCACAAGGCUAUCCCUUUUCAGGUGGCCCAGAAGGAGAUCCUUAAGCUGCUGAAGGGCAAGGUGGUGGUGGGACACGCACUGCACAAUGACUUCCAGGCCCUCAAGUAUGUCCACCCUCGGAGCCAGACCCGGGAUACCACUUACGUCCCAAACCUGCUCAGCCAGCCCUACUCCCUCACCCGAGCUCGGGUCUCUCUUAAGGACCUGGCACUGAACCUGCUGCACAAGAAGAUCCAGGUUGGUCACCAGGGACACUCAUCUGUGGAAGAUGCCAUGGCAGCCAUGGAGCUCUACAAGCUGGUAGAAGUGCAGUGGGAACAGCAAGAGGCCAUCAAUGCCAAGGCCCAUCCUGAGGACAGGGGACCUGACAGCAGCACUGAUGUGGAACAAUACAUGGAAGACCAGUACUGGCCUGAUGACCUGGCCCAGAGUACCAAUGGCAAAACAAGAGAGGCCCAGGAUGGAAAGGAGUGAAAGGAAGGAGCAGGCGAGCGGGAGCCAGGAGGCAGGGAGCCAGGAAUGGUCCUCCCUUGUCAGACAGGGUAAAAGAUAUCCUGGUAGACAGGGUCCGAAUGCUGGUUCACAGCAUUGCCUCCUAAACCUAGGGGGUGAUUUUCCUCCGUUCCUGUGGUUUUGCUAAUGACAUUGGGCAGACCUUGUCCUGCAGUCCAGCAGAUACAGGGAAAGUGCCAUAGGACUGUCCAAGGCUGCCACUGGCCACCAUAGCCAAAGCUUCUGGAGUCACUGUGCUGUGCUCCUCUCAGGGAGGGAGAUGAAGCUUCCCUCCCCGAGAGUGUUGGGUGGCAAUCAAUGCCUAGAACUCCCUCUCGCACUCUGGCAGGUGAAGUUCAGUUGCUGUGGCCACCUCUCGUACAGACAUUUUCAGUAUCAGAGUAACUUAAAGAGUUACGGCCUUUAAAGAAGACACUUAUUCCCCAUUUCCCAUCUCUUGCUUUCUUAGAUGUCCUGGGUCCUAAGGCAGAGGUUCCCAACCUGUGGGACAUGACUCCUCUGUGGUUUCUAAUGAUCCUUUCACAGGGGUCAGCUAAGGCCAUCACAAAACACAGGAAUUUAACAUUACAGUUCAUAACAGCAAAGUUACAGUUACAAGUAGCAACAAAAAUAAUUUUCUGGUUGGGCUCACCACAGCAGGAGGAACUCUAUGAAGGGGUCUCAGCAUUAGGAAGGUUGAGAAGGGCUAACUUUAGGGAAAGGACUCAGGACACAUCAUCACUGCCGCAUUACAUUAAGACAAGCCUGCGGCUUCCCCUCUGAGCCUGUUAACCCUGGAAAGUGUGGAGAGUAGUGAAACCUACCUCAUGGGGUGUUUAGGUGCUUUGAGUGCACCCUAGUGAUGAACAGUGCAUGGGUUCUGUUCUGGUCUGUGCCUGAUUCCUGAGCAGCCGUGGCUCAGCAGGACUUGGUUGGCUUUUCCAGCAGACGGGGUGGGGGCCAGGGCAAGGGCAUUGUAGAGGAGUUAAGAGUUCUCUGUAGGUCUUGCUGCCAGCUUCUGGCUUCACAUCAGCAUCCUGCCACUGUAUUUUGGAAAGUGACAACAGUGACCCAGACAGGGUCCAAAAGAGACACUACUGAGACAGACUUCCCACUGUCAGCUGAGGUCCACAUCGCAGAAAGCCUUAGUCACGAUUGCCAGGGGAAGAGGAAGCUGGCCGAAUCAUCACCACCACCGCUUCUGGCUUGGUGCCAGGGUCAAGCUCUCAUUUCCUUAAAAAGCAGCAGUUAGUGCCAGCCUUGCUGCUGGGCAGUAGUUCAAUGGCUUCAUUUGCGGGUUGAAGGGUGGUAAAACUGUUAGCCAGGAGACAAGGACUGUGAGAGAUCAGCUUGCUCAUGGUGCCAGACCAUUUAUGCAGGAAUAAAAAGCUCACCUGGAAAA